AUGGUGCCAACCGCAAACGGAAGCAGGACACUGCCGAUUGGUUCGAUCACGUCACCAGAGAAGCUUAGGAGAGGGGUGAUGUCUUUGUUCAGAAGUUACGAAUCUAUGCCGAGGGCAUUGGAAGCGUCGGUGAAUAGUACAUUGACCGAACUGCCGGUGUCGAUGAGGAUUCGGCCUACGUCGAAAUCUGAAAUGUCAGCUCGGAUGAUCAUGGGAUCAGUGUGGGGGAAGAUGAUGCCUCGCUCUUCUUCUUCAGAAAAGACUCAGGCACUUGGCCAGGUUGAUGAGUGCUCAGCCUUGCUGCAGUUCAAGGAAAGCUUUGCAAUUAGCAAGUCUGUUUCUGCAGAUCCUCUUGCUUAUCCGAAGGUUUCAUUUUGGACGCGAGAAGGAGAUGGGAAUCGGAGUAAUUGUUGUUCAUGGGAUGGUGUUGAGUGUGAUGAAGACUUUGGCCAUGUUGUCGGCCUUGAUCUCCGUAGCAGCUGUCUCUACGGUUCUAUCAAUUCCAGCAACACUCUCUUCCGCCUUGUUCACUUGCAGAGGCUUGACCUCUCAGAUAAUCACUUCAAUUUCUCUCAAAUACCAUCAAGGUUCGGUGAUGAUCUUUCGAGUCUAACAUAUCUCAACCUUUCAAAUUCCUUGUUUUCCGGAGAAAUUCCAUCAGAAAUUUCAAUGCUAUCGAAGCUGUCUACCCUUGAUUUGUCUUUCAAUUUUCAGAAACUUUAUCCUGAUAUUAACCCUUUGAAACUGACCAAGGGAAACAUGAGAAGCCUGGUUCAAAACUUGACCAACAUAAAACAACUUCAUCUUAGUUGGGUACACAUAUACUCCACUGUGCCUGAUAUCUUGGUCAAUGCAUCUUCUCUCACAUCUCUCCAACUUGACACUUGUGGGUUGAAUGGGGAAUUCCCAGUAGGCAUUUUCCACCUACCAAACUUAGAGGUUCUUCAUGUGAGUUCUAACCCAGAGCUAACAGGCUAUUUUCCCACCUUUAACAGGAGUAAUUUCUUCAAGAAAUUGGGUGUUGCCUACACGAAUUUCUCUGGCCAACUUCCUGGCUCCCUCGGAAACCUUCAUGUCUUAAGAUUUGAGCAAAAUCCAGUCAUUCUCCCAUGGCAGAAUCUAAAUUCUUUGGAUCUCCAGUCCAAUAUGUUACACGGAUCAUUGCCAAUUCCACCACUAUCAAUCAGAAACUAUGUUGUCAGAGACAAUAAUUAUAGUGGAGAUAUUUCGCGCUCCUUCUGCAACUUGAAUCAUUUACAUGCUCUUGACUUGUCCAACAACAGCCUGAGUGGCAUGCUUCCAAAGUGUUUGGGGAACUCCAGCUCUCUGGAAAUAUUGGACCUGCACCACAAUUCUUUUCACGGCAGUAUUCCUCAAAUAUGUCCAGGCGAAAAUAGUUUGAAAAUGGUUGAUUUAAGUUACAAUCAGUUACAGGGGAAGGUGCCAAGAUCAAUGGCCAAUUGCACUAAGUUAGAGCUUCUUAACCUUGGAAGCAAUCAGAUAAGCGACAUCUUCCCAUCUUGGUUAGGGGCACUUCCAGCAUUAAGGGCACUCAUUUUGAGGUAUAAUGGAUUUCAUGGCAUGAUUGGGAAGUCUGCAACCAACCAUGACUUCCCAAAGCUGUGCAUCAUUGAUUUAUCUAACAAUGGUUUUUCAGGAAUGCUGCCCUCUAACUACUUAGAGAAUUGGAAUUCCAUGAAAUUUGUUGAUGAUGAGAACCACCAAAUUUAUUUUCAAGUCUCUUCGGAGCCAGAUAGCUCAGAUAAGCACUUAGACAAUUCCUACGUUGUUCCAUACUCAAUCACAACUUUUGCAAAAGGUGUUGAGUUGAAAUAUUUUGCAACCCCUUAUCUUUUAAGAUUGAUAGAUUUCUCAAGUAAUAGAUUUGAAGGAGAGAUUCCAGCAGGUAUCAUUGGGAAUCUAAGAGGCGUUCGUAUCCUUAGCCUUUCCAACAACACUCUCACUGGUCUCAUCCCCUCAUCUUUAGCGAACUUGACAACUCUUGAAUCGUUAGAUCUCUCUCAAAAUCAGCUCACAGGAAGGAUCCCCGGUGAUUUGGCACAACUCAAUUUCCUUGCAUAUUUCAAUGUCUCCCAUAACCAUAUUUGGGGGCCUAUACCACUCGGCCAACAAUUUGGUACAUUCCUAGAAGAUUCCUAUGUUGGAAACUCAGGUUUGUGUGGAAAGCCUUUGUCAAAGAAAUGUGAGAGCUCAAGACCGCUACCGUCAUCAAUCUUUGAAGAAGAUGAAGACUCUGGGUUUCAAAUUGAACUAGACUGGUACGUGGUUCUGCCGGGAAUUAUUAGUGGUCUAAUAAUCGGACUGAUUUCUGGGGACAUUUGGACAAGCAAGAAGCAUGACUGGUUUGUGGAGGCAGCCAAGAGGAUCAACAGGAGGAGGGGACGUAUUUGA